CACCGGAUGAACACAGACAGCACAGUGUGCUCAGUUCCCGCUAUGAUACCGAUAAGAGAGCCUUUAUUAUAGGCUGUAGUCAGUAGCCUGUAGCGUAGUCAGUAGUCAACGUUGCACGGGACAGUGGACAUCGAGUUAGGCGUCAUGGCACUCACAGUUUGGUGUACAGUCUCUGCAUUAUUGUUGUAUGUCGCCGCCAUUGACUCUGCAAAAGAAUGCUCCACUCACUAUCAACAGGUGGCGGUGGUGGAGAACGCAACGCUGCCUAAGACCCAAAAGGCGUUCCGCAUUUGGAACGAUACAUUUUGUGGUUUCAAUGACACUUACUAUGCGGUCCUGCUUGCAGAAGACAGCAAAAGCGGAAACUGCAGCCAGCCCACAACGUACGCCAACGCAACUUUGAAGAGACCCAUUCCUUGCUACUACAGCUCUCCCGAUGGCUGGUCGCCUUUCAGUGCUGCCCCGAAUGAUGCACUGAACUGCACGUCUGACGGCAAGGGUGCACAUAUUUGCAUCUUAGGAUUUCAGAACUGUACCAAAGUUACGCAACGGUGCAAUGGUCCACUCAAGGCCGGUGUUAGGUACAGGCUGGUGGUUCAAGCUUCAAACCAAACACAGGGUUUGUUGUCCUCCAAGCCGGUGACGUUUGAUACAAAAAAGGGAGGUACGGAAAACGGAGGAUCUCAAGCCGUCGCCGGAAGCCUCGGCCUGGUGUUCUCGCUGCUGGCCACCGUGCAGUUUAAGCAGUGGUAACCCAAGAUCGAAGAUGCCAGUGAACCAGGAGGGCCUCCUCAAGAAAAGUGUCCACACUGUACAGUCACACGAAUAAAACACAGUCUCACUA